CUCUCAUACCCUCACGGUCCCUUUGUGCAUCGGCAGGCAUAGCCACCGUCAACUCGGGUGUAGCGCUGUUGUAGUGCUGGAGCGAAGGAUGCAAGCUUGUGAGCACCGCGAGAUGGAGCAGAAAAAGCAGAUCGAGUGGUUGUUGUAGACCGCAGGUGGCUUGACGCUGCUUGGCUGCCAUUCAUUCCAUCAUCGCCCGUUUCGGUGCAUUUCUGCGAGGAUUCGAUCGAGGCCGGUGAGUGUCUCGUGUCCCUGCGCAGCCAAAAGUCUCAUUGUUGACAACCGCCAGUCUCAACCAGAAGAUAAAGCAUCGCUCGCUUACUACUGCAUCCUCAGACGCGCCCGAUUGGAAAGAAUCCUGCUAUCCUGCAUGCAAUAGCCUUCGACAGUUCUAUCUACUUCUUUCAAGCCUCUUAAACACUUCCAUUGUCACUCGUUCAACGCUCACGUUCGACCCUGUACCCUUGUUCAGUCUUCUUUGUGCCCAAGCCGCACAUUUAGUACACUAGACUUCGACCAAGGAAGAGCAAGCAUACGGAGGCUCGUCAAAAGAUUUCCAAUACCGCUGGGGGUGAUACUAUGUCCAUCAACUGUCAGAUUCGUGCCUCGCAGUGACAGACAUUGACUCGGUCAGAAUGGAUGUUCUUCAAACAAUACACCGUCGACAGACAACAACCGGGCAGACGAACACGAACGGGGGGCUGUCGACGGGAGAACAGGUUCUGCAAUUACUUUCCAACCCCUUUCAGGCUUCUUUGCAAACAAAUGCCUUCUGGGCGUCCCUUGCGACUUCGAUAGGCAUCAGUGCCGCCCUCGCCCUCCUGUUCUGCUUUAUGCGUCCGAGAAACACCAUCGUUUACGCUCCAAAAUUGAAAAAUUCGGAUAAAGACCAUGCACCUCCUCCGCUGGGGAAGGGCCUGUUCAGUUGGGUCAAGCCUGUCACUUCCGCGAACGAGCCCUUUUUGGUGGCAAAGAUAGGGAUGGACGCGGUCAUCUUCUUAAGAUUUACACGCAUGCUGCGCAACAUUUUCGUCGUCCUCGGCUUCCUUGGGCUGGUCCUGAUGAUCCCCGUCAAUGUUGGGCUGGGGAACAAAGCGGUGUCUCGUGGAUCCUCGGGAUUUGCAAUCAUGACGCCUUUGUUCAUUUUCGGCAAGGGUCUAUGGGCGCAAGUGGUCCUGGCAUGGGUGAUCGAUGUCGUGAUAAUAUACUUCCUAUGGCACAACUAUCGACGUGUUCACAAACUGCGACGAGGAUACCUCGAGAGUCCCGAGUAUCAGGCGAGCCUUCAUGCACGAACACUCCUGAUUCGAGAUAUUCCACCCAAAUUCCGGAACAAUGAAGGCAUUGUACGGGUCAUCGAGGAUGUCAAUCCGACAGGCGUUAUCCCGAGGACAACCAUUGGGCGCAAUGUGAAGAUCCUCCCAGACCUGAUUGAAGAGCAUGAAGAGGCUGUCCGAGAGCUGGAAUCCGUGCUUGCCAAAUACAUGAAACAUCCAGAUCGACUCCCUCCUUGUCGGCCCACAAUGAAGGCUCCCAGCAAGUACAAGGGGCCCACCACGAACGGGAAGGUUGAUGCAAUCGAUUAUCUCACCGACCGCAUUCGAGAACUCGAAACCAAGAUCAACUACAUUCGCGAACGUGUGGAUACCCGUGAUCCCAUGCCAUACGGAUUUGCAAGCUGGGAUGAGAUCCAAGAUGCACAUACUGUGGCAUAUCUGGCUAGGAGUAAGCGCCCUCACGGCGCCAGGAUCCAGUUAGCACCAAGACCAAAUGACCUCAUCUGGAGCAACCUGAAGUUAUCCAGGGGAAGCAGAAAGAACAAAUCGGUGAUGAACGCUGUCUGGAUCACUGUGCUCACCAUCCUGUGGACACCACUCAACGCCGGCAUCGCCGUCUUCUUGUCCAAUUUCUCGAAUCUCGGGCUCGUUUGGAAAGGAUUCCGAAACACGCUGCAGGCACACCAUACAGGCUGGGCGAUUCUUCAGGGUAUCGCUGCUCCGGCGAUCACUUCACUGGUUUACCUGGUGCUACCCAUCAUCUUCAGACGACUGCAAAUUCGUGCCGGUGACGUGACCAAAACCGAACGCGAGCGACAUGUGCUGCGAAACUUGUACAGCUUCUUCACUUUCAACAACCUGAUCGUCUUUUCCAUCUUCUCUGCAAUUUGGCAGUACGUGACCGUUGUGAUCCAAUACAACCGGGAGGGAAAUGACACUUGGACAUCUUUGCGACAGGGUCGCUUCUUCCUGGUCAUCACAACUUCACUCUGCCAAAUCUCGCCAUUUUGGGUCACCUGGAUCCUUCAACGCAACCUAGGGGCUGCUGCAGACCUGGCUCAACUUUGGCAUUUGACCUGUGUCUGGUUUGCUAGGACAUUCAUGGCUCCUACGCCCAGACAGAAUAUCGAAUGGACGGCACCACCGGCAUUUGACUAUGCCAGUUAUUACAACUAUUUUUUGUUCUAUACAACAGUGGCGCUCUGCUACUCUACGCUUCAGCCGAUCGUGCUGGUCGUGACGGCAUUGUAUUUCACCAUUGAUGCUGUCUGCAAGAAGUACCUUUUGAUGUACGUCUUCGUCACCAAAACCGAAUCUGGGGGCCAGUUUUGGGUGACUAUCUUCAACCGAAUCGUCUUUGCGACCAUCCUUUCGAACGUUGUUAUUGGCGUGGUUGUCAAGGCUCGGGGAGGUUGGGAUCUGGUCGCCGCCCUUGUGCCAUUGUUGUUCAUCAUGAUCGGGUUCAAGGUAUACUGCAUGAAGACCUUUGAUCUGGACCUGAAAUACUACGCCCGCGGUCGCAUGCACGACACAGAACGCCUUCCUUCGAACGGAAAGCCGAGGAAGGUGGAGAAGAUCUCAUCGAAAUUCGGGCAUCCUGCCCUCUACAAGCCACUUAUGACACCCAUGGUUCACGAAAAGGCCAAAGAUGUCUUGGGACAAGUCUACCGAGGCCGGCUGAACUCCGAGGGCGGACAGUCUAUGGCAUUUUCGGAUAUUGCAAUGCAGCCGAUGCAUCAUACAGGAAAGGUGGUACAAGACGUGCCCUUCGAGAUCGUGCCCGAGGCCCAGCAAGACUUUCAAUUCUACAAGAACCGAUCUGACUUCCGCGGCCAAGGAGGGGAUACGCCUUCUCGUACGGCAACGCCGAUUCCAUUUGGGGGCACGGACGGAUACAAUUCUGCAGAGAGCUCACGACCUCAAACGCCUAUCGUGUACACAGGAAAAGAAGGAUACAGUUCACCGGGAAGCACGCGAGCUCAGACCCCUGUCCAUUCCACGAGAAAGGAAGAAUACAGUUCCCCAGAGGGCUCACGAGGAGGCAGUCAUUCACCCCGUCUGUCACAGCAAUACCAUGGCGUUGGCGUCCAUAGAAAGCCGGUUGACCCGUCUCAUGUUCCCCCUCAAAUCAGAGCCGCUGCACUUGGAGUUCCCGAAGCUGGUGAUCUUGGCAUACAACACGGCUACUACAGUGACAUCACUGACGACCGAGCCAAUCUGUUGCAUGGUGUAGGCGACAUAAGAACACCGAACGGAGAGUUCAUGUCGCUUGAUCGGUGGCAGACGCAAGAGGACGGUCGAGAGGGAAGCGACACAAUUCCUUACCGGGAUUACAACUAUAGUGGAGGCCAUACACCUUCCGAAGAGAUGAACACUGGAUACGACUACUUCCGAGGAAGGAGGUGAUUCUGAUUCGAAGAUUUCUGUCUCUUUGUUGGCUAGAAAAGAAAAGGUUGCUUUGGUCAGUUCUUAAUGUUCAUUUGGACCAAGCCUUGCGCAGAGCAAGCUAUGAAGAUAUGAAGCUCACUAGAUAGAUAAUGAGUAUGGCGAGGAAUCAUGUUCCUCUUGAAAAGAGAAGUCCUGGACACAUUGCAGUUUCCGGACCCCUGACUUGUAUAUCUUCAGCUGCGUAUUUUUGAUUCGUGCUCGCUUCAGCCAUGGUCGUGGCUCAUGUCCACAAGUCGAGAGCAACGACGAUUACGAGGACACACAGCAGUUGGGACAGAAGGACUACCGACAGGAGGUAUCACAAUGAGAAAGACCAAAGAGUCGAUUAUUUAGAGUCACCGAGGGGGAGACUAACAAUGAGAGAGUAUCAGACCAUGGAGAGCAUAAAACAGUUCUUGUUAACAUUCUAUCUCGCUUCUUUACUAAUCAGUACGAUUCAAUCUGCAGCUUCAACUGCUAGUAC